CCCUUUUAAUAACGGCAGCGGCGAUCGUCUCGAGACUUGCAUUUAUGCUACGAGAGAAUAGUCGUUAAGAAUUUGCUGUAUGGCCCCGAACUGGAAACACAUUUGAGCGCGAAUCACAGAGAGAAGCGAUCGCCUGAACCGGGCAGACCAGAACGGUGCCGCGAGUUGCCCACGUGACGUCAUCAUCAUGCCGGUGGCGUCCGCACACUCAGAUUCCGCUAUGCAGCAAGGAGUGGACACACUGAGUGACGUCCCCAAUUCAACAGUUGCAAAUGACCUGGACCUGAUCUUCCUCAAGGAAAUCAUGGAAAGUCCAAUAGCCCAUGAGAAGCUGGAAGAGACCAAACUGGAGGCAGUCCGUGAUAACAAUCUCGAGUUGGUCCAGGAUAUCCUGGUGGACAUCUCGCCUCUGGUGGGCUUAAACAGCAUGGCAGAUGAGCUGGCGCGGAUCUUGACAGAGCCUCACUUCCAGUCACUGCUGGAAACUCAUGACUCUGUGGCAUCGAAAAGCUAUGAAACCCCACCACCCAGCCCCUGUGCCUUCAUGGACCCGGCACUCAACAACCAGCCAGUGCCACCCGACGCUGUGAGAAUGGUUGGCAUCCGCAAGGUUUCUGGAGAGCACCUGGGGGUGACGUUCCGUGUCGAAAACAAUGACUUGGUGAUUGCCCGGAUUCUGCACGGUGGCAUGAUUGACCAGCAAGGCCUCCUGCACGUGGGGGACAUCAUCAAAGAGGUCAACGGGAAGGAGGUGGGCAGCGACCCCAAGGUGCUGCAGGAGAUGCUGAAGGAUGCCAGUGGGAGUGUUGUUCUCAAGAUCCUGCCCAGCUACCAGGAGCCCCACCCACCACGGCAGGUGUUUGUGAAGUGCCACUUUGACUACGACCCCGCACACGAUAACCUAAUCCCCUGCAAGGAAGCCGGCAUGACGUUUAACGCUGGUGACAUCCUGCAAAUCGUCAAUCAGGAGGACCUCAACUGGUGGCAGGCGUGCCACGUCAAGGGUGGCAGUGCGGGCCUCAUUCCCAGCCAGCUGCUUGAGGAGAAGAGGAAGGCAUUCGUGAAGCGAGACCUGGAGCUGGCAGCCUCAGCAAGUGCCCUGUGCGGUGGCAUCAGUGGAAAAAAGAAGAAGAAGAUGAUGUACCUCACCACAAAGAACGCAGAGUUUGACCGGCACGAGCUACUGAUUUAUGAAGAGGUGGCCAAAAUGCCACCGUUCCGCAGGAAGAGCCUCGUGCUGAUUGGUGCACAGGGAGUGGGCCGGCGAAGCCUGAAGAACAAGCUGAUGCUGUCUGACCCAUCGCGAUACGGGACCACCAUACCAUACACCUCACGGAAACCGAAGGAAGAUGAGAAGGACGGGCAGAUGUACUCAUUCGUCUCGCGCUCAGAGAUGGAGCGGGACAUCAAGAACGGCCGCUAUCUGGAGCACGGCGAGUACGAGGGGAACCUGUACGGCACCAAAAUCGACUCCAUCCAUGAGGUGGUAGAGACGGGAAAAGUGUGUAUCCUGGACGUGAACCCACAGGCCCUGAAGGUGCUCAGGACAUCAGAGUUCCUGCCUUACGUGGUCUUCAUCGCGGCACCUGAAUUCGACGUGCUCCGAUCUAUGAACAAAGCGGCCAUUGAAGCCGGCGUGCUCACCAAGCAGCUCACGGAAACGGAGCUGAAAAGGACGGUGGAGGAGAGCGGCAGGAUUCAGAGAGCGUAUGGACAUUACUUCGACCUGACCAUCACCAACGACAACCUGGAGAGGUGUUUCCGGAGCCUGCAGGGGGCACUGGAGCGGCUCAAUGCAGAACCCCAGUGGGUCCCCGUCAGCUGGGUGUUUUAGGACAAGUUGGAGGGUAAGAGGGUGUGGCGGACUCUGGUUAGGGCCACCUUACAGUUAGUUGCCAACUAGCUCCAGUGUGCAGCAGGUGCCAAAGGCUUCCUCGUUCAGGCAAAUGGGGGGCAGUUCAUGUCAGGAAGCAGACGUCUUUACUACCAGACUGUACUGAAUGUGUGUAAGCGGACAGAAGUCAUCAGCACCUAAAAAAUGUGAGGAGAACUCGUCUGGCGCAUUACUGACCCCUUGGGGUGGCUAUACUCACCACCAGACACCCCACUAAAUCCUGAAGACUGGUGGAGGCCACAGUGGAAUUGGAUCAUCUUCAUUGUGUUCAGCAGCAUGUUGGUCCAGGAUGUCCCCAGAAACGUCAGUCAUGCUCAAGUUUAGGCCUGGAGGGGCCAACCCAAUGAAUCUGAACCCAUUUUUAGCCGAAAAUGGAACUUGUCGAAUUUUGGCGUUGUUAGUGUUUUCAUUCCAGUACAUCAGGUUAUCCGGUCAUUUCCGGUAAAAAUCCUGUCCACACCAUUUGUGCCCCUCAACCAGUUCAGUGAUCACCCACUCCCUUAGGGUCUUCUCCUCCAUUUCAGAUGCUCCAUGAUGUGCUCACACAGGUGUCAAUGGGACCAAGUAAGCUGGUGACCUACUGGCCCCCUUGUUUCUCAUUGUUAAUUGGACCCCCGUUAAUAAAAAGCUGUCAGUGGAGCUGUUUAAUAAGAGUCGGGGGGGGUCUUCACGAGCGAGUGACCUGAAAGGAAGCACUAAAUGGUUCCUAAUUAAGAAACUGGACCAGAAUAAAAUCCUCUGGUGACCAAAUUUGAGGAACCCCCCCAAACUCUUUCAUCAGCACCCGUCUUUAUUUUGAAGCCUUGCUAGAAAUUCGGUACCAAAUUAGUAAGCGUAAUCUCCCGAAGUGCAGACGCUGCUGAAUUUGCCUAUCGGAGGUUUCCGUUGCACGGUCUCCAGACAAAAAUAGAAAACCUGUGAAUGUGGCAACUUCAUAAAUAAUCUUUCCUUUUUUGUUUCACAUGAAACAGGGGCUUUUGUCACCACCUUAUUUUGUAAUGAAGCAUAUUGGCUUGUUUCAGCACAAAAAUAUAAGGCAUGAAACCAGCCAUCUCCGGUUGAUACCAGCAGGAGCUCUCAGAUGACGGAGAUUGCUGUCUUUUUUUGUUACGAGUUUUUAAUCCCCGUGACCUAGAACUGCGGGUAUGGAAAGGAAAGACUUCUCCUCCUGUGCUAAUUACAGCACCUUACCGCACCCACCACACGACGAGCCACCGCGAUGUCUGUUUUGAAUUUUGCCCGCACCCGUAUCAGGCGUUCAUUUCAGGUUGAAUUUUUAAUAUCCCUUUUAGGGCGGAGUGGUGGCUCUGAGGCUAAGGAUCUAUGCUGGUAUCCCAAAGGUUGCCAGUUCAAAUCCCUGUCAC